UUUAGCUUGACUUGGCUAACAGUUAAAUUAGCAAGACGAAACUACAGCGCCGCCUGGCCAUGGAUGUGCGCUUGGCACUAUAAGAUCCUGAACUGUCACGGAAGUGUUACCACACUUUAACCGCCUCACAGAUAAAAGUGACAUGCUGGGGCAAUUUCUGAGUAAAAACCUGAAGACCAGAGGGAUAUCCAGACAUGAUUUCAAAUGAUGAAAACAGCACAAAUGGAAAAUCAAUACACCACAACACAGGAAGAAAAGGAUCUAUGUGCACAGUCAGAAUUGGGGCCAGAAGUUUUCCGCUGUAUCCAUUGGCUAUCGCGUGUUUAGGACUGCUAAACACUAUUCUGAUGUUAACUGCUGUUGUUAUUGGGAUUUACUGUGGCAAAGUCAUUGAGGUAUCCACUCCCCACCAAAUAACAGCACAAGCGCUCAUCAUAGAAGUGAAGCAACUUCAGAUAAUGCAGAAUGAAGCGAUCAAAGCUCAAGAAGAGACCAAACAAGCAUUAAAGGAAGAGCUCAGGAACCGACAGCAACUGAAACUGCACUUAGAGCAGAACAAGACCCUCAGUGACGGCAUUCAGAGGACGCUUGAGACACUACAACAGGAGAAAGCAACACUGAAGUCUGAAACAUCUGAUAUUUUGGAAAGUUGUGGACGCUGCCUGCCAGGAUGGGUUUUAUUUAACACAUCAUGCUACUUCCAUUCUAAAUCACUAUCCAGUCCCUUAAAGAGCUGGUCAGACAGCAGGUCAGACUGUAUCAGCCGUGGCGCCAAUCUGACUAUGAUUGAUAACUGGGAGGAGCAGCUAAAUCUUUAUGAGUAUCUACCAAAACUGGAUCCAAGCAUUCGACCGUGGUGGAUCAAGCCAGGGGGAGUCUGGAUUGGCCUUUCGGAUAUUCAGCAAGAGGGCCAUUGGGUGUGGUUGAAUAAUGUGACUCUGCUGGAUAGAGGGUACUGGAUACAUGGGGAGCCCAACAACUAUGGAGCACAGGGUGAGGACUGUGCCGCACUUAUGAACAUUAACAACCCCAGGGCAACGUGGUUUGACGGAAAUUGCCAAGAGAACAGGGAAUGGUUAUGUGAAAUGGAUCCCAACUAGCUGUGGAGAGCAUGGUGGUCCAGGCUAGUUUUUGUCAAAGAAGUUGCCUCCAUAAUGUCAAACAAGCUUGGAACCAUCAUAUGAGAAGAGAAGACCCAGUUGUUUUCCAUAUUAGGAUUUAUUGCAAGUUUCGUUGGUCUUGAAUAAAUACAUGAAAUAUAUUAACAACAGUGGUUCUACAAUGCAGUUGUGCUUUAGUUGCUAACCGUCUCCUGCUUGUAGCUUCAUAUUUAACGGACAGAUAUGAGAAUGGUAUCAAUUAAUUCAUCUAACUCUCGGUAAGAAAUUGAAUGAGCGUAUUCCCAAAUGUAUUCCCAAAAUGUCUAACUAUUCCUUCACCAAAAUGUUCUGCAGAAGGCUUUAGCUACAUGUUCCAACAGUACUGCGCUUGGACAUCCUCCAUCUUCUUGGAAUAGUUCAUAACAGAUCCUGCAGCUCAACACUCUGGUAUCCCUGGAUAGUUUUAGAGACCUCAUUAAGGGCAUUAUUAAUCUUACAGUAGUUGUACAUGUUUUUAGCAGUGAUGCUCUUGACUAACACAUUCAUGCUUUUGAUUAACACUUGAUUAAUAUAAUGGAUGUUUUUAUUCUUAUUAAUGAUUAUUUUGUUUUAUAACUGUUGUCCUGCCUUCUUUUGUUACUGCUUAGUUAAAACAGGGAUGGCAAUGUUGGCCUGUCCGUUGGUCAGUCCAGACUAAAAUAUCUCAACAACUAUUGGAUGGAUGUCAUGACAUUUUGUACAGACAUCAUGGUCCCCAGAGGAUGAAUUCUAAUGACUUUGGCGAUCCUCUGAAUUUUCCUCUAGCGCCACCGUCAAGUCAAAAUUUUCAUUUGUCGAAUACCUGGGAGGAGCAGGUGAGUCCAGUAUGCUGUAAAGAAGAGGAGACAGGGUGAUGGCAGUGAUUCUUAAUGUUUCUUCAUGAAGUAGUAAAAAUGGAUUUGAUUGCUGCAAAGUAACUAUCAUAAUUUAUGUAACUAUAUUAAACAGACCCCCCCCGUACAAUAAUUUAUGAUAGAAAUUAUUAAUUAUAAUAAUACAAUUAUAUAUAAUGUUCAUAUUUUCACUGUCAUAUCAGAUUUAAAAGUAACUUUAUGACUGUAUUAUGCAACACAUAAUACAGUUCACUACAGCAUUAUCACAACAAAGUACACUCUCAGAAAAUGACCAUAUAACUGAGUGAACACACAAAGUAGCACUAUAAAUAAAAACUGAACAUUAAUGACAUUUAUUGCUGUGCCAAUUGCAUUGUACAGGUAAUUGUAUUUUUCAUUUUGCACUCACUGCAGGCCUAUACUACUGUAACUACCAUUAUGAGUAUAAGAUUAGAAUUCAAUUUGGACAAAACAGCAGCAACAUAAUUAUUCUUAGUAGAUUUUCUUCAUUGAAUGUUUGUAUAACAAAUAAGUAAGUUCUGGACGGUAAAUCUAAGAUAAUUACACAAACAAAAUACUUUCUAAUGAGCUUCUAAUGAAACCAGACCUGUUAAUGACCUCUACUUCCAGCUGUUCAGAUUCAAAUUAUCCCAUCAGAUAAUUACCAACAAUAGCAACUUACAUCUACACUAAAAGUAUAUCUUGAGUUUUGCUUUAGGUACAGUAUACAAGAGGAGCCCAACAACUAUGGAGCACAGGGUGAGGACUGUGGAGCAAUACCAACUAGCUGUGUGCAUGGUGGUCCAUAUUCAGUUGAAGUGUCAAACAAUCCAUCAUAUGAGGAGAGAAGACAAACACACAGUUACUCUUCGUAGAAAAAUGUAUUGUUAGUAAGUUUCUUCAUGAAAAAAAUGCAUGUAACAUAUAAACAGCAGUGGCUCUUUCCUUUACAGUUUUGUUUUAGUAGAAAGUAGGAUUAAACCUAUGAGGGGUUUAAAGGCUGAUUUGAUUUGUUUUUUCACUGGAGGCGCUGCGAGUCCAAUACAGUAUAAGAAUUCACCCCCACUUUUGCAGUGUUUUCUUGUUUGACAACAUUGAAUCAUAGUGGAUAUAACUACGAUUUAUUUACAAUGAUUAACAGAAAAAUAGAUAUGUCAAAAAGAAAACAAAUGUCUCAUAUUGCUAUACUUUCAAGAUGAGUACCUCUAAAUGUAAACACAAAAUCAUUGAUUACAUAAGUUAAAAUCACCUCUGGUGGAGCCAGUUGUUUUUAGAAAUUAAAAAACAUUAUACAUUUAAUGGAGAUCAUUUCUGUGGCAAUUAAGGCAUGAUGAGUGAUUUUAGGUUAAAUACACCUUUAUCUGGAAGGUCCAACAUAUACAACAUCUUAGUGUCUCAGUGUCUGUGUGAGAAAGGGAGGCCACAAAGAGGCCUCUGACGGAGCUACAGGGUCCAUGGAAGAGAUGUGAGACACUGGGCAUAAAACAACAGUUGUUUCAUCAAUCACAACUUUAUGAAGGAGUGGUAGAGAAAGUAACUAUUGAAAAAAACCCUCACAACAUCUUGGCUAGUGCAGCCAAAAAACAUUGUGUAAGCCCAAAUAUUGAACAUCAACAGAAACAUGCCUUCCGCAACAUGAAGCCCUACGGUGCCAGCAUCAUGAUGCUUCCCCACAGGAUGCACAGGAAGAGUUGUGUAACAUGAAUUUAGCGAAAUACAGCCUGCGGGAUAAGUGACUUGGGACUUUAUUUUCCUGCAAGAGUCCCAACAUAGAGCCACAGGUUCACAGAAAUGACAUAAAUAACAAUGUUUAUCUGUGGUAGAGUCUAGACAUCAAUCCAACUGAAAAAUUGUGUCAGGAUUAAAAACUGUUGUUCACUCAAAGCAACACUUAAUGCCCUUAACAAAGUAUCCUCCUCCAGUGCACUGAACAGCACUGAUGAAGAGUGAUUAAUAAUAACAGGGUGGAUUUUUUCCUUGGAAAGAUUUUGUCCAAUAAUGCUAUAGCAAAUCCAUAUUCUCAAGCUUAGUUUGAUUGUUACUGCUGGCCCAGUAAUAAGAAGAAGCACUCACUUUCAAAUUCACUCAACUUUUGUGGCUAUAAAAGAGGUGACAAACAGUUCAUUGGGCAGUUAGUGCAACGCUGCAGUCAUGGAGAAGCCACAGAGAAGGGCAAAUGAAAAAUUUACUUUUCUGCACUUGCUAUGCAAUAUUUGGACAAGGUAUGACUUUGAAAUGUUUUCUGCAGUGUCUGACACAAUUCUUACUUUUUCCUUUAGUUUUCCUGUCUUUUUUUUUCUGACCCUGUGGUUUUAAUUAAUUAAUUGUUGUGAUGGUUAAAAUGUUAGUGAAUGAAGAGCACUACUGAAGAUAAAUUUCAAUUAUAUGCUAAACGUACAAUCAAGCCUCAAUGAUUGUAGCUUUGAAGUCAUGUAUCUGUAGCUUGUUACAAUGUAAAAAAUCACUGUGUAUGUAGUGGUAUGAUUUACAGAUCAAAUUAGCCAUAAUAAAUACAUAUGUUUUGAAAAGUCA